AGCGUUGUUAUUAACCCUGAAUCAAGACUGAAUUUGCAAUGACGCCGCCCAUGGCAUUAUAUUCUCGUAGGAACCAACAACUUGAUGCUACCACUCAUGAUGGAAAAGGCAAAAUAAAUGCUAUGGAUAAGAUUGAUGCCGAGCCCGUGCCUGCUCAGCAAUCGACUCAAACCAGACCUUGUGAUACUGCGCAUACUUUAUCCAAGGAACAGUUGGCUGUUGGUGCAUCUACAAUGGCAUCUGAUUCAAAAUCUCCAAAAUCUCCUACAAAAACAACGGCCAAUUCUUCACACAAGCCAAAGUCUCGUAUUCGUAAAGGCUCGUUUCGCUCUCGUACAUCUCCACUCGACUAUGAAACUCUGGAACGGGAACAAAACUCUAUGCGUGGGUUCUUUACUCUAUUUUGGGUUUUUAUGGCUAUUUAUGUUGUUGUUACCGCCUACAAAAACUACCGUGCCGAAGGCAUUUUUAUUUCCUUGAGAUUCUAUCAACAGUUUUCGCAUGAUGCUAUCGGGUUGAUUGUGGUGGAUGCUGCAAUGAUUUUAUCUCUGUUUGUUCCCUUCCUGGCUCAGGCUUGGCUUGGCGGGCUAGGUUGGAGUCGUGGAGUUUGGACUAUUGCAAUGCAUGUCUGGCAGGGAGUUUGGUUUGGUGUCUGUCUUGCAAUCGCAUUUGGCAAAGAGUGGCCUUGGAUUCAAUCUGGAGCAUUUGUGGGUCAUUGUAUUACUAUGCUAUUCAAACAGCAUUCAUACUCGUCUUAUAAUAUUGAUUUAAGGUUUAAGCACAAACAACUGCUGCAUCUCCGUCAAUUGCUUACAGAGCAUAAAAAGGAUGAUGACCACGAUUCUACCUAUCCCCGCACCAGGUCUAAAACCACUGAAGAUGCUUCCCUGACUGGCACAGAUGCUAUGAUUGCAGAGAUUGCGGAUUUAGAAAAGGAACUGAUCAAACCAAAUGUCAGUUUUCCUAAUAAUAUCACGCUAUGGAAUUACAUUGAUUAUUUGCUUGUUCCUACUUUAGUUUACGAGCUCAGCUAUCCACGAACUGAAAAGUUUAGACCGCUUUACUUUAUCAACAAAGCUGCUGCAACACUGUGCACGUUUGGACUGUUGUAUGUGUCGUAUGAACACUACAUUCUUCCCGUUUUGCUUGAUAUGCCCAAUCAUACGUUUUUUGACUCGGUCUUUCAGCUCAUGAUGCCUUUUACCAUGUGCUAUCUUUUAAUCUUCUUUAUCAUUUUCGAGUGUAUCUGCAAUGCAUUUGCUGAGCUCACCUGUUUUGCCGACAGAGAAUUUUAUGAGGAUUGGUGGAACUCGAGUACAUAUGACGAAUUUGCGCGCAAGUGGAACAAACCGGUCCACGAGUUUCUUCUCCGUCACGUCUACCUUGAAUCCAUAUCUACUUACAAACUUUCUAAAACUAAUGCCACACUAAUGACUUUUUUCCUUUCAUCGUGCGUUCACGAGCUGGUUAUGUUUGUCAUUGGCAAAAAGCUGAGGCUAUAUCUGUUUGGAUUGCAGAUGUUCCAAGUUCCAAUGAUUUUCAUUGCUCGUAUUGGAUGGAUUAAAAAACAAAAGUUGGCAGGGAACGUAUUUUUUUGGUUCGGUAUGAUUUUUGGUCCUCCACUUUUGGCAGUUACAUAUAUGCGUGAGCACUAUGCGUAAUCAACCAGAAUUCGAUUCAAUAGAAUCGCCUGAUUUAAAUCAAAAUCUCAUUAGAUGGGUGCUGAGGUAGAAUCUACUAUCUAUUUGCAAAGGUCAAUCAAUUUCAUCUUGAAUAAACCAAAGUUUUAUUGCU